GCCCGCAAAUUUUCCGCAUUUGCUUGCAAGUUGAAUCAUUCUCAUGUUGCUUCGACCUAUUCCGCGUUCUUUCCCAUUUCUACACCCUACAAGGCUGUCCUUGACACCUUCCAUUGCUUCAGCACUACUACGACGCUCUUAUGAUGCUCAACAGAUUUCGCGAUUUCACAGUUCUUCGCAGAGUCAAUCUAAUCAAUCCCUUCUUUCGCGUCUUUCACAUCGAGUAUUGUACAAAAAAGAUGGGAUAACGCCCCGCUCAAAAAAGCGAGGCUUCGUGAUAGCCAGCUGGCUUUCUGUGACAGGUCUACUACUUUAUACUGCAAUCUCACUACUGUCGGACAUAGAGGAUAUUGUGCUCCUUCUCACGGCCUUCAUUCAGCUGCAGCAAAUCGAUGCAUCCUUCUACACUCCAUCUGACCCAGACACCAAGCAGCGAAAUUGGGAUGACUGGGGAGAGAGUACUUCGUACUUCAAAAGCAUAUGCAAGCCAGUUCUAGUCACUUUAACAUGGGCAGAGCCUGUUCAUGUAGACCGUUUUUUUGCUGAGCUCGAGGAUGUUGUUGACCGGCUCGAUGACUUCGAUGUAAAUCAUCGCCAGAUGCAAUCCGAGACGGAAACAUUGAAAAAUAAAAUUCACAACAUCAUGAACAGUGCCUCACAUGCCGUUCAUCACUCCCUCCUUUCCCUUCGGCACGAACUGAGUAACCCAGAGUCUUCACUCUCGGGCUUGCUCAAACCGAACUCUGGAGGCUCCUUACGCACUACUGGUGCCGAAAUCACGAUAGAGGGAGCUUCUGAGGUCGUACAACACAUUCGCGAAGCCAUUGAGGCUAUCCUACACGCUUUACAGGAGAAGGUAGAUCGAGAAGUAAGUGGGGAGAUCGAUAAAGAGCUCUCUGGAUGGUUCAAGGUUAAAGGCGAUGGCUCUGGCAGUGGGAAGGGGAGUAAAGGCAAGGGAUAUGAUAUAAUAGGAUAGCAGGACACCCGGAUCUUCAUGCCACUGGAGGUCAGUGGUUUCUCGCAAGGAAAUCAGUGUAUUCGUGCGAGUCCAUCCGGAAUCAUUGCUUUGCGAAUUCUUCCCUGUUUUUCCUUAGUCCUGCGAAGGAAUCCACAGCAGGGUCGUUAGCCUAACUAGCGCCGAGAAUCCCUAACCUUCCUAUAACCUUUCCUUCCGAGAC